AUGAUGAAUAUUGAAAGCGAGCUGCUGGAGUUAAUUAUCGACCGGUGGGAUGAAGGCACAAAGUGCAUCAAUUUGGGUGAUGGGAAAAAGAUUUUCAUCACUAAAGACGAUGUUUAUAGAGUGUAUGGGCUUCCAAGGGGGCCAAAUGUUGUUGAGUUCGAUCUUAAAGCAAGUGCGAAGACUACAUUGGGACGUAAAUUUGUUUCGACUUGUAGCACGAAGGGAAAUAUUGUGGAUGAUGAUUUGCUAUUAUGUCUGGAAAAGGAGGCUGAUGAUGAGCGGUGGGUGAAGCUCUACAUCUUGCUGGUUUUUUGCAAACUUCUUGGUUCUGUGCAAUCAAGGGUUGUGACAGCAGAGGACUUGAAAUUUCUGGAGCCACACAUGAUCCAGUACUUCAAUCAAUUCAACUGGUGUCAGCAUGUUUGCGAUCAUGUGUGCGAUAGUCUACAGAAAUUUAAGUCUUCGGUUGAUAGUCUACAGAAGGUUAAGUCUUCGGUUGAUGGUGAUAUGCACUUCUUGCUGGUGUGUUACCCCUAUAGGAUCACUGUGGGGCAAGAUCGUUGUUUCGUUAGCACUGUGGUUCCAACGUAUAAGAAGAUCAGGGAUAGAAAGAAGGCAGUGGGGGAUCAAUUUGGUAGUUCUGCUUUUGGUAAAGUUUUUGUUCUGAGUGAUCCACCGGCAAGUUCUAGCUCUGGACCUCCUCUGGGAUCUGAGGUUAAGGAAACCCCUCGAUCCACAUAA